UAGUUUCAAAGGAUUUCACUUCCAUUUUUUUCCACCACUGUUCCUUAAUAAACUCCUUAUAAGUAUGCCGUUUCUUCAACCUAAUCUUUUGCUGCUUUAAAUCCACCUUCUCAGAUGUCAUCGUUUUCAGUGGGCACUCACUUGUCCCCAUCCCAACACCUACGGAAUCUCACAGUUCACCUUUCAGUUCAUGGCAUUCGUACUGUCGAAUAUUCACCAUCAAGUCGGCUCCUUUCUGGCCUCUCUUGUUGUAGGACCAGACUUCCUAGAUUGUUGGGUGAUAGUGUAUUGGCACGUGCUGAAAACAAGGCUAGAGGUCCUACUUCGUCUUUUCAGCCGCCUCAAGCUCCUCAAAAUUGCGACUCACAAUUUGAGGACCUGACGCCAGAACCCAGUACUAGCGAUCCCUUGUGCUCAAUUGACGAAGCUAGCUCACAAGAUUUUGAAGGUAGAAACCAGUCCAAGACUGACUUGCUUAAGGCUCUUGCAAUAUUUGCAGCAGCUGCAACUGGAGUAGUGGCAAUUAACCACUCUUGGGUAGCUGAUAAUCAGGAUCUUGCUAUGGUAUUGCUGUUUGGAUUAGGGUAUGCUGGCAUCAUAUUUGAAGAAUCCCUAGCCUUUAAUAAAACAGGAGUAGGACUGUUGAUGGCUGUAAGUCUUUGGGUGAUACGGAGUAUUGGGGCUCCUUCAACUGACAUAGCUGUUUCAGAGUUGACGCAUGCAUCUGCAGAAGUCAGUGAAAUCGUAUUUUUCUUGCUUGGUGCCAUGACCAUUGUUGAGAUAGUUGACGCUCAUCAAGGAUUUAAACUGGUUACCGACAAUAUAACAACUCGAAAGCCACGCCUUCUUCUUUGGGUGAUUGGAUUUGUGACAUUUUUCCUCAGUGCAGUUCUAGACAACCUCACAUCUACUAUAGUCAUGGUUUCUCUGUUACGGAAACUAGUGCCUCCAUCCGAGUAUCGAAAGAUUCUUGGAGCUGUUGUUGUUAUAGCUGCAAAUGCUGGUGGCGCUUGGACUCCUAUUGGUGAUGUUACUACUACCAUGCUGUGGAUACAUGGUCAUGUAUCUACAUUGCCAACUAUGAAGGAUUUGUUUGUACCUUCGGCCAUUUCUCUAGCUCUCCCUCUGGCUCUUUUGUCAUUGACUAGUGAAGUGAAUGGGAAGGGACGUGAUUCUCCCACGGUUUUGGCAUCUGAACAGAUGGCUCCUCGAGGACAGCUUGUUUUCUCUGUGGGUAUAGGAGCUUUGGUGUUUGUGCCAGUUUUCAAGGCCCUAACAGGUUUACCUCCUUAUAUGGGGAUGUUGCUUGGACUUGGUGUGCUUUGGAUUCUUACGGAUGCUAUUCAUUAUGGGGAGUCUGAAAGGCAGAAGCUAAAAGUACCACAAGCCUUAUCUAGAAUAGAUACUCAAGGAGCAUUGUUUUUUCUCGGAAUUUUAUUAUCUGUUAGCAGCCUGGAGGCAGCAGGGAUUCUUAGAGAAAUAGCAAACUACCUCGAUGCUCAUAUUCCAAAUGUUGAGUUGAUUGCAAGCGCAAUUGGAGUCAUAUCAGCAAUAAUAGACAAUGUUCCAUUAGUUGCCGCAACAAUGGGAAUGUAUGAUGUCUCCUCCUUUCCUCAGGACUCAGAGUUUUGGCAGAUGGUCGCAUUCUGCGCCGGUACUGGCGGAUCCAUGCUGGUCAUCGGCUCAGCUGCUGGAGUUGCAUUCAUGGGGAUGGAAAAGGUGGACUUCUUUUGGUACUUAAGGAAGAUUAGUGGCUUUGCUUUUGCAGGCUAUGCAGCUGGUAUUGCUGCUUAUUUAGUAGCUAAUAACCUCCACAUUUCUCUACCCACAACUCUUGCUGAUGUUCCUUUCCUUUCUGGUUCAUAAAUGGCGACUUGGUCCCAAUCUGGUGUCUUCCUAAUACAAGUUCAUAAGGUUUAGAUUAAUGAUGAUUUGGGUUGCCCCAUCAUGGAUUAUACAACAGAGACAAGUAAGCUUCUUUUUUCUUUUUCUUUUUUGGAGUCUCAAUUGAAAUCCUCAAGUUUUUAUUUUUAAUUUUUAUACUCAGAUAGGAGAAACAUCGCUGAGAUGAAAUCCUGAGAUGGAAAACACUCAAUAUCCACUUGUAAUGAUAAUUUGAUAUAUCUUUUCCUAACAUUUUUUAGAUUUAAUGAAUAAUCUAUCCUGCUCAUUUUUUAUGAA